UUAGGACCAUGCGGAUUCCCGAGAACUAUUUAACACGAAAGUUUUCUGAAUUAUUUCAGUUUUUAUCUCGGAUCGGUCAGAGUUUAGUUUGAGUCUCUUUAAGCAUGGAGUGGUCAUGGACGGAUGUUCUCUGUCACCCAGUCUGGGUGGUCACCUCAGUGCUGCUGUAUUUAGUAGUGAGAAAGCAGAGACGAGGGUAUUGGGACCCCCGCGUGUGUCCAGUACGUCUGACUGGAAAGACAGCCAUCGUGACUGGGGCUAACACAGGUAUUGGGAAGUAUAUUGCCUUAGAUCUUGCACGCCGAGGUGCUCGGGUUAUCCUGGCCUGCCGCAGCAAGGAAAGGGGGCAAGCUGCCCUUGAGGAGAUUAAGAAGAAAUCACAGAACAAUAAUAUUCACUUGCGUAUUGUGGACACCAGUCUGAUGGCCUCAGUUCGAGAGUUUGCUCAGAAAAUUAAUGAGGAGGAAAAAAGAUUGGACAUCCUGAUCAACAAUGCAGGAGCUUCUGGUUUACCCAAGAGAAUAACCUCAGAAGGACUGGAGGUCAGCUUUGCCACAAACCACGUUGGAGCUUAUCUCCUAACAAACCUCCUUCUAGACCUCAUUAAGCGCUCAGCCCCUGCCCGGAUUGUUAAUGUGUCUUCAGUCAAUCACAAACAAGGUGUGGUGGACUUUUCACACUAUCGUGGGGAAAAUCUCAGCUAUAGUAUGGACACUGUCUACAACCACACCAAGCUUCACAACAUCCUGUUUACCAAUGAAUUAGCCAGAAGAAUACAGGGAACAGGAGUUACUGCAAACUCUGUGCACCCUGGCUUUGUGAAGACUGAAGUAAUGCGGUACUACAAUUUGUUGACACGAAUGGCUGUCAGUAUUGUGGCCUUCUUUUUUUUCAAGAGCUCCGAGGAGGGAGCUGUGAGCACCAUUUACUGUGCAGUGUCCGAAGAAGUGGAUGGUAUAACUGGGAAGUACUUUGACAGUGACUGUUCAUUGACCCUGGCUUCUGCCACAGCACGAGAUGCUGCACUAGCCAAGAAAGACUGGGAAUUCUGUGAGAAACUGACAGGACUCUUAGAGACCAAAGACAAAUAAUGCUAAAUACUCUACCUCUGCUGUCCUUUCAGAUGCAUCAAAAUCUGCAAGCAUCACAGAUCCACGUGCAUACAGUCAAAGUAAAAAGUAUGUGAACCCUUAGGAAUUAUCUAUAUUUAUGUCUAAUUCCCAUAUAAAACAUGGUCAUAUCUUCAUGUCA